GAUGGGGAGCGCAUGAGUUGCGUGAGAGAGGUUGGAUCUAUACUGACAUCAAAGCAGCAGUACAUCGCUACUGUAUUCUACUCUGGUCCUCAUCGCAGCCAGAGAUGGGUGAAUUUUCAAACCUCACUUUUUAAACCGGGUGAAAGUAUUACCAUUGUAGACUGACGUUGAAUUGAAUAGUAUUCGUUUGUUUGGGGGGGAAUCCAGGAGGAAUGCACACUAUUCUCAAGGGAUUUAGCGUGGAACUCUUUUCAGCAAUUCAACAACUUUGGGCUGUAGCCUAGAUUCAAACCGACACACACACGACUGUAAAGGCAAUGUAGUUUACUUUUUAACUGACUAUUUGUCUAUUUUUUUAAGCAUAUGUUCUUAAUAAUUUAGGCCACCAAUUUCUGGAAGACCAUGGCCACGCUCAACAUGUCAUGGGGAAUAUUUAUUUGCGGAAUACUAUUGAACAUCACACUGUGUGCGAGUUUCCCAAACAAACUUGAUGAUUUUGACACCGCCAUCGACACGUUAGAUUACGAUCAAAUAGAAGAUGAGUAUGACGAUGGAAACAGCACCAAUUGUGAAGACUGUAUACCGGAGUUUUGUCCCGAGGCGAUGGGAUGCAGAGCUGGGUUCGUACUGGACACUUGCGGUUGUUGUAAGGAGUGUGGAAAUUUAGAGGGACAGUCGUGUGACCUCGGCGACAGUAACGUCUUCUACGGUCUCUGUGGCGAGGAUCUCUUUUGCCAUGUGGACGACUUCAAUCUAGGAGAGGGAGAGGUCGCGGAGCCCUUGUGCGCGUGUAAUACUCAGGAUGCGCUCUGUGGCUCAGACGGGCGGACGUACAUGAACAUAUGUCAGUUUAAAGAGGCGUCGUUCUCAAACAAAAACCUCAAAGAAAAGAGCAAAGGCCCAUGUAAAACAGUUCCUAUCAUAAAAGUGCCUCCCCAGAAUCUAGUGAACCAGACAGGCAGCACCAUGGUGUUCCUGUGCGAGGUCUUUGCCUUCCCCAUGGCCCUCAUAGAGUGGAGGAAGGAAGGAAAGGACGCCCUACUGCCUGGGGAUGACCCUCACAUCUCGGUCCAGUCUCGAGGGGGGCCCAUGAAGUUUGAGCUGUCCAGCUGGCUGCAGAUUGAAGAUGCCAGUCGGGAUUCUGGAACGUACCGCUGCAUUGCACGUAACAACCUGGGGAGUGUCUCUGCUACUGCCGUGCUAGGGGUCCUGGGACCAGAGGACAUGUCGGCCUACGUGAGGGACAGCAUGGUGGAGAUGACAGACAUGAUGGACUACAGCCCCUCCAGGAACUACGAGGAGGAUUACUACUAACUCUUGUCAAAGCCUGGUAACCACGGUUACCAGUCAGUUUCUGUUGGUUGUGAAACCAACUCCCAUUAAGGACAUUCGUUGACAACACUUUAGCUACAGUCGGAAAUCUCCUCUUCCUCUGAGACUCUGAUAACAGCAUUUGGCAGAAGCAGAUAAUAUAUCAUACAGUAAAUUAUACACCUGCAACCUGAACUUAAUUCUCUAUUACUGUUUUAGGAAGAUUUGAAAGUGAGAAACAGCUAUGGAUGUGAAUCACAACAAUGUUAAAUGAUGUUCAGCGUGUAUGCAGACAGACCUUGUUCAUGCACUCAUGUCAUCCCAUGGUGAGUGUGUGUACGUUUUGAGUGUGUGUGUGUGUCUAUAUAUAUAUUCAUAUAUAUAUAUAUACAGUCCCCAUACAGCUGAGCAAGAGGAAUGAAUGUUCCUUUGUUCUGAAUCCCUUCUCAGCCAUUCCCCCUGCGACUAUGAGGCACAUUCCUGACCGUAUGAAGGGUGUGCAGGAGAGAGAGAGUUACUCAGACGGCCUUCUCAAUGUCUGGAGGACGGCUUAACCCUCCCUCUGGGACGGGACCCGCCUGUCUGCCUGUAGGUCUGCCUGUAGGUCUGUCUGCCUGUAGGUCUGUCUGCCUGUAGGUCUGUCUACCUGUA